AUGCGGGUUGAGGAUGAGAUAGACAAGCUUCGGCAUUCAAUAAGCAUCAUUCAAGUAGUUCUUCAAGAUGCAGAAGAGCGACAAGUGAAGGAGAAAGCAAUGAAAAUAUGGUUGGGUGAGCUUAAAGAAGUUGCUCAUGAUGCUGACAAUUUACUAGAUGAGUUCUGCUUGGAAGCUCUAAUGGCUAAGAGCCGAGGAUUCUUCAUGACGAGGUUAUUUACUGACUUCUUUCCUUCUUUGAAACCAAUUGCAGUUUAUCUUGAAUUUUUGGCAGCUGAAAGGCUUAACUUUAACUUGAAAGUGUUGAGUUUGUUGAGAAAUAAGUUGACGAAAGAAGAAGCAAGUUGA